AUGGCUACUGGGACUAUGAAGCAAUGGGUUCUGCAUGGCAAAAGGGGCAUCGACUCACUGAUCCUUGAGGAAACACCCAUUCCACAACCAGGGGAGAAUGAAGUCCUCGUCAAACUGCAUGCAGUGUCCCUGAAUUAUAGGGAUUUGAUGAUUGCCAAUGUGAGUACCACGUACCUUGCACCGACAUUCGAAAGACUUGAUGUACUCACUUAUAAUGCCAAGGGGGUAUACUACUGGAAGCAAUCCGACUCGGUCGUCCCUGUUUCGGACGGAGCAGGACAAGUCAUCAGCAUCGGCGCAAAAGUCAAACGAUUCACACCAGGGCAACGUGUAAUGCCCACUUUCUUUCAAGGGUAUAUCAGUGGCAACCUGACCGAAGAGCACAUGAACUCAGCUCUAGGCGCAUUACCCGACGGUGUUCUCCGCGAAUAUGCUGUCUUCAAUGAAGACAGUCUCGUGCGUAUUCCCCCCAGCCUUUCGUACGAAGAAGCUUCAACUCUACCCUGUGCCGGCCUUACAGCCUGGAACUGUCUAUAUGGAUCCCGCUCCCUUCGGCCCGGCGACACCGUGUUAACCCAGGGCACUGGCGGCGUAAGCACAUUUGCGCUCCAAUUUGCAAUCGCCGCUGGUGCCGAGACAAUCGCGACAACAGGCUCGGCGGAAAAGGAGCUGCGGUUGAAACAACUCGGUGUACAGCAUGUGAUCAACUAUCGCGAAGAUCCCGAAUGGGGCACAACUGCUAAACUGUUAUCGCUCGAUCAAAAGGGCGCCAACUAUGUGGUUGAGAUCGGUGGGCCAGGAACCCUGCACCAAAGCUCGCGGGCUGCUGCUGUAGGCGGCGAAGUGGCUAUUGUAGGAAUGCUUAGUGUAACGAAUGGCAAUGGCAAGGAAAUUGCGCCUUGGAAUCCGCAUGCUGCUGCUCAUAGUACCCGACGCAUCGCGGUUGGUAGUCGAUUGCAGUUUGACGAGAUGAACAGAGCGAUUGAGGUGAAUAAGAUCCGCCCGGUUAUUGAUCAGGUUUUUGAUUUCAAGGAGGCCGCGGAGGCGUUCAGAUAUGUCUGGGACGGAAAGCAUUCGGGCAAGGUUGUCAUCAAGAUUGCAGAGGAUGGAGAGAUCGAUAAGACUAAUACCUAUAUAAUGCUUCGUCCACGAGCUCUGACGCUCGUCACGGUCCGCGAAGAACUCGUCGAUUUAGUGACUCGCUGCGCACUCUCACUCGACGUCGACGACCGCGAACCAUUUCUUUCCGUCUGGACGAUAUCCGACCCCAAUAGUGUCGACGCUACCGUUGCAGGCGUUACUACAAAGGGUGUAGACAAAUUGUGUCGGACAUACUUCAACCUUGUCGGACCAAUGGAUACGCAUCAGUCAAUCGCGAGUAUCCGUGUGGAUAUCCAUGACGGUGGGAAAACGGCGCAGAUCACCUGCACGACAUUGGCUAGCAUUUCCGUGCUGGUGAUGCUUUAA